UUUAGUCUAAAUCUUAUCAUUCGAUUAAUAUCUCUUUUAUUUAGUGGAUAAAAAUAAUGUAUAGACCAUACCAGUCGUUGAAAGAUGUCUGUUAAUCGUGUACGUUGAAACUUAACUAAUUUUUGCGAUUCAUUUUAUGUUUUAACGUUUUAUAUUGUAAUAAUUAAUAAAACAGUUGUUUUUUAGUUAAAUGCUUUAAAUUUAUUUAUCUAAAUUGUUUGCUAAACCUUAUAGAAUUAUUUUUAUGGCAAUUUUUAAAAUAUAAUCUCUUUAAAUAAAUUUGAUAUUUUAUGUUUAUUUUCGUUCCGUAAUAAAGUGAUACAAAAACAUUUAUUCCUUAGAAAUCUUUAUAUUCUGGAACAAUUUAUAUAAUAUAUAAAUAAAACUACAAAUUUUUAAUUUAAGUUAUAAAAAUUAUUCAGUCUAAUACAGAAUUCAUUUUUCUCUCAAAAAAGAAAACAUGUUUUUUAACUUGAGUUUAGUUAUAGUUUUUCCUUUAAUUGCGAGUGCAUCAAAUAUAUUAGUAUUUAUGCCUAUGCCGUUUAAAAGUCAUUUUCGCGGAUUCCAACCUCUUUUUGAAGAAUUAGCAAUACGUGGUCACAAUAUUACAGUUGUAAGCUGUUUUCCAUCUGAAAAUUCUAUUGGUAACUAUACUGAUAUUGGACCAUUUAUGGACAAAGAGAGAAAAAGAAAUGUAAUGGAACUUAUCAACAUGAAUUUUUUUAAUUCAAACCAGCUCAAAUGGUCUCUCGGAAUAAAUGUUGCCAAUAUGAUUUUGCACCAUAAGAAAAUAAUUGAUUUUAUUCAUGCUGAAAAUUAUACUUUUGAUCUCAUUAUGGUUGAAUCAUUUGUACAAGAAUAUACGAUCACACUGGGUCACAAAUUUAACGCUCCCGUCAUCAACCUGGUACCUGCACCUUUAUGGCCUAGUAUCACGAAAUGGUUACAUUUACCUUCUACUUUUUCAUACAUACCAGAUUUAUGCGCAAGAAUAACCGAUAAAAUGUCUUUUAUGGAGCGUAUAAAAAACGUUAUAAGUGGAAUUAUACAGCUUUACAUAGAAAAUAUCGUUUACUUACCCGAGAUGAAAAAAAUUAUGCAUAAACAUUUCACAUAUAAGGGUUGGGAAACUCGGCCUUCUCUUGAAGCAAUGUUAAAAAAUGUUUCGUUGACGUUAGUAAAUGGAUACCAUGUUGUUGGUCUGACAAGACCGUACUUGCCGGGUAUCAUUGAGGUCGGAGGCAUGCACAUAAAACCACCUACAAAGUUACCUCGUGAAAUUCAAUCUUUUAUGGAUUCUGCGACCAAGGGAAUAAUACUUUUUAGUCUUGGCACAUACAUUAAUUUGACUGAUAUACCUAAAACCGUUAUGUACAGUUUCAUUGGUGCUCUUGGAAAAUUAGAUCAAAAAAUUAUCGUAAAAUGGGUGCCUGAUGAAGGUAUAGAAAAGCCUGAAAAUAUCAUGUUUGUUCCUUGGACCCCUCAACAAAGCAUUUUAGCACAUAAAAAUUUGAAACUCUUUAUUACUCACGGUGGAUUACAUAGUAUAGAAGAAGCAACAUAUUAUGCAGUACCUGUUUUAGGAGUCCCAUUUUUUGCAGAUCAAUUUUUAAAUAUGAAAAUAAUCGAAAGAAAAAAGUGUGGAAUAUUAGUAAAGCAUGAUGGAAUUACUGAAAAUCUAUUCAGUUCAGCAAUCAAAGAAAUUUUAACUAAUCCGAUGUAUAAAAUAAAUAUGGAAAGACUUAGUUAUGCCUUUAGAGACCAACCUAUGACUCCUUUGGAGAAAGCCGUUUAUUGGGUUGAGUACGUCAUUAAAAAUCGAGGAGCUGGAUAUCUAAAAAGUAAUUCUUUAGACCUAGAUGACAUCCAAUAUUUUUCCUUGGAUACUAUCUUUACAUUAAUAAUUUCCUCAAUAAUUACUGUUUGGUUAUUUUAUUUUACAUUAAAAAAAUUGAUUAUAUUUAUUUUUAAAGUGAAAGCAUUCUUUUAAUAGUUUUGAAAUCUAUUUAUUAAAUAGCUAUAAAUAUUUAAUGUAAACAUGUUAUCAGAGUACAGGUUGAAAAUGUUUGUUUGAUUACAAUUAGUUUUCUCUUUCAGAUCAUUUUAAAAUGUAUAAUAGUAUCACUUCUGUUUUUUACU